CUACGGACGAUUCGGUGGAUCGAGACUACGCUGAUCCUGGUCCAUAUGGUGAUCAAGAUGGUGAUCAGGUAUUUGUUCAGCGUGUGGUUCCCAACACGAAUCAGCUUUUCGUGAGACUGGCCUCUACUGGAGAAAGGAUAUGCACUAUUCGAUCUGUAGACGGAGCUGCAAUUUCGUCGUUCACUGUUCAUGAGUGUGAGGGUUCGAAUCGAAUGGGUAGCCGUCCGCGUCGCUUCCUGUUCUGCGGAACUACUAGCGGAAGUGUGCAGAUGUGGGAUUUGACCACCGCUUUGGAUCAGUAUAUGACUGCUCGCCAGUCUUCUCUCGCUAGCGCUCAAUCAACGACUAGUUUGGAUUCCCUGAAAACGUCGUCCAGCAGCGUGAAAAUACCGCCAACCAUGUUACAGGGAUUAAAUGGACGCAACACAACCAACAGGAAAUAU